AUCAGGAUCCAAACUGAAAUGCUGGCAAAGAUGCUGCUUGUGCUUGUUUGUUUCUUUGGUUACAUCUCCAUUUUUCAGAGUGUUGAGACACAAAUUGCAGGAUAAUACAGUCGAUGGGCAACCAUAUUUCCUGAAGCCGCAGUCGAUUCGCCAAAUUUUUUCCAUGACUAUGUCCAAGUAAAAUCUGGAUUUUUCUAUUCAUGAUCGUGGAAUUCUACAACUAGGGAGCCAUGGCACUUGCUAAGCAAGCACUAGCCUCCUAAAGAAGCUUCGUCUGAGAGAUUUUUGCUGCCCUUCCAAGAAGCUGGGCUUUCAAGAGCGUAGGGUGAUGUCUCUUGCUUUUUUUUUUGCCAUGCUUCUCUUUUUUGUUCUUGAUUUUUCUAUUCCCUCCUCAUGUGUUAACAAACAAACAUGCCCGCAAGGCAGCACUAUAUUUUCAAAUUGAAUUAUCUCUUUGCGAUUAUUGUCCCGAAAUUUAUUCCUUUGGAACUUAAGUCAGGCAUGGGAGAACGCGAGGAGCGGAUUCGAGAAGGAUGGAACUACGACGUGUUUUUAAGUUUCCGAGGACCAGAUGUGAAGGUGGCCUUCCUAUCCCAUCUCUACAGUGCUCUCAAAAGAUGUGGUAUCUACACCUUCUUGGAUGAGGAACUGUCAAGAGGAGCCGAGAUUCGUUUGAACCUGCUAGAGGCCAUUGAAAGUUCUAAAAUUCUUGUUGUUGUGUUAUCAAAACGCUAUGCAUCAUCAACAUGGUGUCUUGAGGAACUUGAGCACAUUAUGUAUUGUCGCAGAAGUAGAUCAGAGCAACUGGUAUUACCCAUAUUCUAUGAUAUUGACCCAUCACAUGUACGCAGACAUAGAGGGGCAGUUGGUGAAGCAUUGUCUAGACAUGAAACUCGAUUUCCUUUGGACAAGGUGCAGAGAUGGAGGUUGGCUUUAACAGAAGUAGCAGAUUUAUCUGGCUAUGUCUGGAAUGGCCAACGGAGCGAAGCAAAACUAAUCGAGGAUAUCACAAGAGAUAUCCUCCAAAGGUUGGAUAGUUCAUACUUGCAUUUACCCUCAUAUCAUGUUGGUAUUAGAUCACGCGUACAGCAUAUUCUUCCUCUGCUGAGCAUCGGUUCAGAUGAUGUCCAAGUUAUAGGAAUCGGUGGAAUGGGUGGGAUCGGCAAAACAACGAUAGCCAAGGCUGUGUAUAAUGAAGUCUCUCAUCAUUUUGAAGGGACUAGUUUUCUAGCAGACUUUAGAAAAUAUUCCAAGAAUCCUGAAGGCAAAGUUCAUCUAAAGAAAAAACUUCUUUCCGAUAUCUUAAAGAGAUAUGACAUAACGCUCAACAGCAUUGAUCAUGCGUUAAAAGAAAGAUUCCGCCGGAAAAGGGUACUUGUGAUAUUUGAUGAUGUCGAUGAUCUGAGUCACUUUACUUCACUAGGAAUCGAGAUGAGUUGGUUUAGUCGAGGAAGCAGAAUAAUCAUCACAAGCAGGGACUUGCAUUUACUGGAGCAGCUUGGAGCGAGCAAAAUAUAUAUACCUGAGGAACUAAAUACAGAUGGAUGCGGAUUAUGUCCUGAUAUCGGACUCAGUGAACUUACUGGGAGGUGUCUCAUUGAAGUCCAAGAUAACAAGCUAAUGAUGCAUGACUUAAUACGUGACAUGGGAAGAUUUAUCGUUAAAGAAAAAUCUCCCAAGAACUGUGGAAAGCGUAGCCGACUUUGGGAUGCUGACGAUGUUAUUGAUGUAUUGACAAAAUAUUCGGGAACGGAAAAAGUUGAAGGCCUCAGCCUGAACGCUCAACCUCCUGAUAUGGAGAGCUUGGAUGCUAAAGCAUUGUCAAAUAUGCGGGAGCUGAGAUUGUUACAACUAAAUCGCGUACAACUCAAAGGAAGCUAUGCAAAUUUUCCAAAAGGUUUACGAUGGCUUUGUUGGCACGGGUUUCCUUUCAAAUUCAUACCAGCCGAGUUUUUUCAGCGGAAUUUAGCUGUCAUGGACAUGCAUUACAGCAACCUGAGACGAUUUUGGAAUGCUGGGGAGCCUUGGUACCUCAGGAAGCUCAAAUACCUAGACCUCAGCAAUUCUUUCUAUCUCAUAGAGACUCCUGACUUCUCUAAUCUCCCAAACCUCAAGAAGCUUCUAUUGGUAAAUUGUAAAAGCCUGGUUCUGGUUCAUAUGUCCAUCGGGGUUCUUCAUGGAAAGCUGGUAUUUGUGAAUCUGAAUGGUUGCACUGAGCUAGAGGACCUCCCUUCAGAAUUCUAUAGAUUGAAGUCUCUGGAAACUCUCAAUCUUUCAGGCUGUUCGAAACUCAAGAAGUUAGAAGAUGGUUUAGGGGAAAUGGAAGCCCUGACUACUCUUCUUGCAGAUGAUGCUGGUAUAAAGGAAGUGCCUGCUUCGAUCAUUCAGCUGAAGAAAUUGAAAAACUUAUCCCUCGGUGGGUCACACAAUGACUACGGUAUGCAUUCUCAAACUACUUGUCGGCUUCCAGUCUCAUUCAAUGGCUUAAGCUGCCUGACGACUUUACGUCUAAGUUACUGUGGUCUAUCUGACGAGCUGAUUCCCGAAGAUUUCCUGAGUUUGUCUUGUCUUGAAGAUCUUGACCUCCGAGGCAACCCCUUUCGCAAUUUGCUGACUGAUUUUGCUCGACUUCCAAAACUCCUGAUCCUCAGAUUGGAUAAUUGCUCAGAACUUCGGUCCAUGUAUAGUUUACCCAGAAGCUUGAAAUUUCUACAUGCUACUAACUGCAUCUCUCUGGAAAGAACUCCGGAUCUUUCAGAAUGUUCGACAUUGCAAGGACUGUUCCUCAGCAACUGCACCAACCUUAUCCAAACUCCUGGGCUUGACAGACUGAAAACAGUUAGAGUCAUCCGCAUAGAAAUGUGCAUGCGCAUACCAGUUUCUUUCAGGGAAAGUUCUCCUUCAUCUCGUUCAAUUGAAUUAAGAAUCUUGACACCAAAUGAUUGA